UGUUUACGGCCAUUUAAACAAUAGAUCGUCGAGGAAAUUAUUACCUUGUUUCUAUUGGUGUAUAUUUGAUUAAAAUUGAAAUUAACAAAAAGAUUGGAUUUUAAUUGUUAUACUUAUGAUUCUUUAAUAAUGAAAAUGUGACUUAAAAAGAAAUAAGAAUUUGAAGAGUGCGAUAGAAAGAGUGAAGAAAAAUAGUGAAAGUUUUCAAGUUUAUAGAUUUUUGUAUUUACAUACACCAUGGAAUAAUUUGUCUAUUCAAGGAUGUUGAAAUAACAGCAUAAAUAUGGCGUCAUAAAAAGGAGGACGUGACAGAGGAAUAUUUUCUACAGUGAACGUGAUUACAUAUAACAGUAUCAAUGACUGAGACAAUGGCAAGACGGGCCAUUAACUUUAACUCGGUAUCUCAGGCCCAUCGAGAUGUCACUGACGAAAGAUACCGUGACCUUCGCAGACCUAGAAAAGUGCGUUUUUAUGUAAAUGGAAAUCGCUUCUUUAAAGGAAAGAAGUUAUACAUAACUCCACAUCGGUACUACAAUUUUAAUGAUCUGCUAAAUGACCUCACCGGAAAGCUACCGUCUGGGUCCAACUUGCCAUAUGGAGUGCGUCAGAUUUUUACGCCGGCCAGUGGACGACGCGUUUGUGAUAUUGAAGACCUACAAGACGGCCAUGCGUAUGUUUGCGCAGGAUUUGAGGGAUAUAAAUCAAUAAAAUAUGGAAAAGCGGAUUUGGAGCCUUGGUCUUUAGGGGAACCGAAAAAGUUGCCGGGUUUGAACGGUAAAUACAGUGGAUUUCAUGGGCUGUAUGACUCUAAUACCUCAUCCCGUCACCACCAACAUGAGACUUAUGACAACCCAGAGCAGAACUACACACAGUAUCGGCCCCGUAUGUACGGGAAUGCCUUCCACCCGGGCAAGUUUUUCCAGAAUCGGGUUCAGGAUGGGCAGCAGCAGUUACAGCAUCGAAGAUACCUUGGUGCUUUUGGUCCGGCAAACCGGAACAGUUACCUAGGAGGUCAUACUGAAAAUCAAGCACCUGUCAGGCCUAAAGUAAUAACAGUUGUAAGACAUGGCCCUUCUAAACCAAGGAAUAAUGUUAAAAUUUUGCUUAAUCGCAGAAGUGUUCAGUCUUUUGAGCACCUUAUGGCUGAUAUUGCUGAAGCCUUUGGGCCAAAAGACAAACGAAAAGUCAAAAAACUAUUUACUACUCGGGGCCGUGAAGUUCAAGGGGUAGGUGAUUUUUUCCGAGAUGAUGAUGUAUUUAUUGGUUUGGCAGCAAAUGAACAAUUGACUGAGAGUGAUAUCCAUGACAUUAUUGAAGAAAUUCACCCAGGCAGUCCAUAUGCUAAAAAUAUUAUGAAAGACUUUGAAAGGCAAAAGAAACGAAGACAAGCUCAGGCUGCUAAAGACACUAUAAGAGAUAAUGAUGCUGAUAAACGUGAUAGUGGUUUCGGAGAAGGAAGUGAUGGAAGUAAUAGAGAUCCUGAUCAGGAGUAUGUUAUGUACAAAGGUAGGCCUACUGAAAGAGGCCGUAAACGAAAUGAAUAUCCAAAGGACUAUGAGAUUGCUAUGAGAUUAGAUAGAGAAAAAGAAAAAGCUGCUCAGGAAGAAAAGGAUAGAGUGAGCAAACAAAGGCGAAAGAUGAUUGAUUCAGAACGUAGAGCAGUAGAGGAGGAAAACCGAAGGAAGAGACAAGUGCCAAAGGGACAAGUGGAAGAUCCAUUUAAAAAGAUGAAGGAACAAAAGGAAAAAGAAAAGGAAGAGAUCAGAAGAAGGAGAGAUGAAGAGAGACAAAGAGUUGAGGAGGAUGAGAGACAAAGGAAAGAAGAAGAAAGAAAAAGAAGAGAGAAGGAAAAGCAUGAUAGGGAACAUGCUGAAAAUGCAGCUAGAGAGAGGCAAGCUGCUGCAGAAAAAGAGAAGGCUGAAAAAGAAAGGGAAAGGGCAGAGAAAAAGGCUCAACGAGAUAAAGAACAAAAAGAGAAAGAUCUUAAAGAAAAGGAAGCAAAGGAUAAACAUGAGAAAGAGAAAAAUGAAAAAGAAAAAGAUGUUAAAGAUAAAGACAAACAUCCUCAUGACAAAGAAAAACAUGACAAACAUCAUGAAAAACAUGAUAAAGAGAAGGAUAAUGAUGAGAAAGGUAAACAUUCUGAAAGAGAAAAUGAUGAUGAGAAAAAUAAAAUAGACAAUAAAGAAAAGGAAAACAGGGAGGCAGCUGAAAGAGAAAAGCGUAAGAAAGAGAGAAAGAAACCAAGAAUUGUGAGGAAAACUAAAUUAGAAAGACAAAUAAGCAGUGAUGAGCCUGUAUUGGCUAAAUAUGAAUUAGGACGAACAUUAGGUGAUGGUAAUUUUGCCAUAGUUAGGAUGUCAAAAAUGAAAGCUACGGGUGUUGAAUAUGCAAUGAAAGUUAUAGACAAACCAAAACUGAAGGGCAAAGAACAUAUGGUAGAAAAUGAGAUUGAGAUUAUGAAGGAUUGUACCCAUCCAAACAUAGUGAAAUUGUAUGAGGAGUAUGAAACUGCUGAUAAAAUAUAUCUUGUCAUGGAGUUAGUCAAGGGCGGUGACUUGUUUGAUGCUAUAACACAGAGUGUGAAGUUCGGGGAGGUGGACGCGGCUCAUAUGGUCAAAGAUCUGUGUAGUGCUCUCUUUUAUUUACACUCGCGAGUCAUCGUACACAGGGAUCUUAAACCCGAGAAUUUAUUGGUGCAUAGAAACAAAGACAUGACAAUAUCGUUAAAACUUGCUGAUUUUGGUCUGGCGAUGGACGUGAGGGAGGCGAUCUAUACAGUUUGUGGCACACCCACUUAUGUAGCCCCAGAAAUCUUGUCAGAAAUAGGGUACGGAUUAGAGGUAGAUAUGUGGGCAGUGGGCGUUAUAAGCUACAUUCUGUUAUGUGGUUUCCCACCAUUUCGAAGUCCAGAUCGUAACCAGACAGAAUUGUUUGAGUUUAUUAAAGCUGGAGAAUACGAGUUCCUCAGUCCGUACUGGGACAACAUUUCAUCAAGUGCCAAAGACUUGAUAGAGCAUCUUUUGGUAGUGGACAAGAAGCGUCGUUACACAGCCAUUGAUGUUCUGUGUCAUCCAUGGAUUCUGUGCGGUGGUGACGUGUCAAGUAUGGAUGCAUCCAAAAUUGAUGAGAUGAGAAAGGCGUCAAGAAAAGAGAUGGAGACGCAGGCUGCUUUGAAUAGAGAAUCAUACCUCAAAAUGAAAGAAAAACGAGCACAAAAUGGAUGAAAAAUUACAUUAGAUUUUAGUCAAUAAUUUGUGCUAUUUUUAGAUCUUUUUAAAGCAAUGCUGAUUCAUGCGAUUUUGAUGUAACAUUAAUUUUGAAUAUUUUGUAAAUACACAUUUUUUUUUUGUUAUUUAUGCCAUGAAGGUAUGUUAAAUUAGACACACAUCAUUUUAUUUGAUGGAAAUUUAAUACCAGUCUGUGAUUGUCUGCAUCUGAUUGGUUGUUUAUUCAUCUAGGACUUGAAUGGACCAAUGAAAAUAGAGAACUAUCAGACUGUGUUGCAUUACCAUCUUGAUAAUAGAUGUGUAAGUAAAAUGGACAUACUUGGGUAAUUUUAGAAAUCAAAACGGCUGAAGUUUGUAAAAACAUGGUACUAAGUCUGUAUGAAUUGAUUUGUUUAGGUCAGUGAUGGAAAAGUACAUUUGUUCUGUAAAUGUAAUGAGUGUUGUUGAAUUUUUUUAAAUGAUGGAAUAUCUGCAAAAUAAGACUAAAGCAUUGGAAUGUUGAGAUUUUUUACUCAAUAUACCAAUGCAGUAAUGAUAAAUGAUUUACUUUUGAAAUAAAAAUGAACAAAUGAUUUUAUGUAUCAA